GCGGCAGCGGCAGUUUGACACCUCCGCCUCCCACAGACAGACUCUCAGAUUAGCGGUAAAUAUCUCUGGACCUGCAGGAGACGGACGGUGAUGGCGACCGGUGACAGCUCGGCAACUUUUGAGUCAUGGCUCAACCAGGCCACAGACCCAAAUAAUCAGGAGGACAGGUGGGACAGCAUCCAGGGCUUCUACCAGCUCGUCAACCAGGAAACUGAUGGGCCACAGGUAGCCAUUCGUCUUCUUGCUCAUAAAAUCCAGUCCCCGCAGGAGAAAGAGGCUGUGCAGGCGCUCACUGUUCUCGAGGCGUGUAUGAACAACUGCGGAAAGAGGUUCCACAGCGAAGCCGCCAAGUUUCGUUUUCUCAAUGAGCUCAUCAAACUCAUUACACCAAAGUACUUCGGCGCCUGGACUCCGCAGAGAGUUAAAGACAGAGUGAUAGAGGUGCUCUAUGGCUGGACACUGUGGCUUAAAGAUGAACCCAAGAUUCAGGAAGCCUACAGCAUGCUGAAGAAACAAGGUAUUGUGAAGAAAGAUCCAAAACUACCAGACGCACUUAUAAUGGCUCCUCCACCACAAAGAACCACAGAGUCUGUUUUCGACCAGGAGGACAAGGCCCAGAUGUUAGCCAGAUUAUUGAAAAGUGCCCGUCCUGAAGAUCUGGAAACUGCAAACAGACUCAUUAAAAGCACCAUCCAAGAGGAGCAGGAGAAGGCAGAGAAAGUGCUAAAGCGGGAAUCUACUCUGAAGGAGGUGGAGAGCAGCACCAAGCAGCUCAGAGAGCUGCUGAACCAGCACACAAUCACCGGAACCUCAAUAAAGCCCAGUGAUGACGCAAAGGCCUUGUACGAGCGCUGUGACCGGCUGAGGCCCAGCCUGUUCCGCCUGGCCAGCGACACAAUGGACGACGACGCUGCUCUGGUGCAGAUCCUGGCAGCUAACGACGAGCUAACACUUACAGUAAACGCCUACAAAGACCAGGUGGGGAGAAGAGAGUGCAACGGUCGAACAGAAAGAAGUAAAAGUGAUGGAGAAGUGACGGAUAAAAACAGUGCUCCUACGAGUCCCAGAGAGAUUAAAAGCUACCACCUCAUCGACCUCUCAGCACUAGACUCACCACAGACUCGCAGAAAAGCUGAUUCAGCACUGACCUUCGAGUCCUCUUCACCCCUCCUCCCCUCUUAUUUGGAGAACGCCUUCCGACCAGCACCUGACCAAGACUUUACUGAAUUAGAGUUAGAUAAUAAGAUCUCGAAACAGACUCAAGAGACUUCAAAGUCGUACUUUGAGGAACUAAUGCAGCUUAAUGGAGACGUUCAGAUGAGGAAUGCUGAGCAGAAUGGAGGGACAGGCCUUUUGCUGAGAGCUCGAGGAUGUGGGGGGAGGAGUUCCACAUCAAAUGGGACGAAUGUUUGGUCACUCCCUCAAAAUCAACAGUUCACUGGAUCAGGAUCACCGCACAAGACACAGACACAACCAAAUGGCAUGUCUGGGGAAGGCGUGUGUCCCCCACAGUUACUGAAAAACAUCUUUGUUCCUAUGGAGACCAUCAAGUCCAGUCAUCUGGAGCCCAUCACUCUAUACGAUCAGGGCGGGGUCCACGUCUCUCUCCAUUUCGCCAAAGACUCUCCACCAGGCCAUCCAGGUGUCGCCGUGGUCGUCAUCUCCACAGUGAAUACGUCUGCCCUUGAUGUGAAAGACUUCCUAUUUCAAGCUGCCGUUCCAAAGACCAUGUUGGUGAAACUUCAACCUGCCUCAGGGACACACCUACCUCCUUACAACCCUCUGCUGCCUCCAUCUGCCACCUCCCAGGUCCUCCUAUUGGCUAAUCCUCAGAAGCGUAAAGUGCGUCUACGCUACAAGCUGACACUGACACACGGCGAUCAACAGCUGAAUGAGACGGGAGAGAUCGACAACUUCCCGGACUGGACGUUUUUGAUUGGCCACUGAAAACUUCAGACACAUGGAUGUAAAAAAUUGCACAGGAACUCAAACCUAGAUUUUGAGGACAGAUAGUAAAGUGGAGCCAAAGAGAGAAAAGAUCUACAAAAAGGUGGGAAACAAGCAACACACACCUGGAGUCAGUCAUCAUGAGGUAAACAACCACCACAACAAGCAAAUAUGAAGUCUGUAUUAACAGACAUAUGACUUUUCUGCAUCAUUUCAUAAUUUACAGCAUGCAUGAUGCAAGAUGUAAUCUCAGAAAGACAUAUUACUCUAAAAAGAUGGGCAAACUCUACUUCAUACAUCAGAAGGUACAGGUGUGUCAUGUCAGGUGGGUUUGGUACAUCCCUGAUUGUACACGUUUCAGGGUUCAGUAUUCUGCUUUUGUCUUAGUGCUGUUAUUGUGACUGCUGCCUAUUUGUAGAGUCCAUGUAUGUGUUGGCAUGUAGCUGGAUACAUGUGAAUUUCAUAUGUGGUUACAUAUGAAAGUAUUUAUUUGCUUUUAUGCACAUCUGACAUUCAAAAUUCCCAAAGUGCCUUGAGAUGGAAAUAUUCUUGAAUAUGUAUUUAUUUUAAUUAAGUUCUGCACGACAUGGCUGCCUGAAGGACUAUGUGUCUUAAAGAGUUUGCAAAUACAAACUCUUUAAGACAUAAAGAGUUUGUAUUUGUGUGGAUUUGAGUUGUUUCAAGUUGACAUUUUCUGCUUUUAGGUGGGAGAUGAAUGAAACAUGUAACAGUACGAUUGGAUCGAUGUCACAUUUUACACAAGCUGAUUAUUGUAUUUUGAAUUUAGCCUUUUUUCAUAAAAGGUGACAUCAGAGUGCUCAUUUGUACGAAGGCUAAAUAGCACUGCUUACUUAAAAAAUAAAUGAAGGAAAGAUCUUUCACUGCUUUCACAAAUCAUAGGCAACAUUUAGAAAACAACUCUAAAUGUUGCAAAUAGAUAAGCAUGAGCAAAUGAGGAGACAUUUUUCAAUUUUACAGUGCGUAAAGAUGCAAUUACCGAAACACUGCAACUUUAACCCAAUGUUAAUUUUUACAAGAACAAGCAAAGAAAGUCGUGUUUUAGUUUUAACAUGAUGAUUGUGCGUUUCUGAUAUUACUUCUGAUAUUGCUUCACCUGUUAGUUGCCUUUUACUAAUUAGUAGCAUGUUCAUCAGUUUUUGUGUCCCUCAGAAACGUCUGUUUUGUUGUACUCUGCCUGUUUCCUGUCAUUGCAGUACAUUUCUUCUGUAUCUUAA